CGAAGUAUAAAUCGGAUCGGAGGAGUCGUUGAAUCCAGCCAUGUUUGAUUCUGUUUCAUCACAUCCUGUUCUACAUUACUGCUACGCUACGCGGUUUGACCCAAUAUUUAAUUGCGAAUCCAGAUGUUCAAGGGACGUGGAAGUUGAAACGGAUCUAUAACUAGUGGUUCGAUCGCUGCCAAACUUUCCCGCGCACCCUCUGAAGAGCCGGGCAAGGCUAGGGCUAGGGAUAUAUGGAGUGGCCUUCCCACUCCGCAUGUUAGACCGGGUCUGUCAAGAACGAGCAUGGGACUUGGAGACACAUCUAUUACUAUAUACCAGUGCUGAGACGGGACAGCACUGUUGCCCUCAUCGUUUCCACUACCACAGCGGGAGAUGAGAGGGGGGUGGAGGUGCACGGCUGGGGUAUUCUCCAGUUUAACUACCUACCGGCACAUUUACUUUGUUUCAUUUGUCGAGUCGGGGGGGGGACAUGGUUCUGAUAUCCAAUGCCGCCAUCUUUAGAGAUGCUCUCUUUCUAUAAAGAAGAGGCCCCCAAAAAACCCCUCUCUCCCUCCGCCAGUAAACUAACUACCAAGCAAAAAAAGCAUCAAUUAACUCAUUUGUCUCCAAACUAUCGAAGUACCCUCACAUAAACCAAAAAAAAAAAAAAAAAAAAAAAAAAAAAACCAAUCGCCAACAAUGCGCUUCCUUGCCCUUGCGCUCCUCUCCCUCUCCGCCAGCCUCGCCGUCGCGCAAAGCUCCUGCACAGUAUACUACCAGACGGGAACAUGUAUUUCGACCAAAGAAUGUGCGUCCGCUAACAAAACCUCGACGCCCAACUUUUGCCCCAACGACCCCGCACACAUCCAAUGCUGCACGGAGCCGCCGCACCCAGAGAUUCCCGGGCGCAAUUGCGAGCCGCAUGUCGUCAGGGCUGGCGAGACGAUUCUUGCCGCGAAUGAAGGGGCUGUUCAUGUCGUUUGGUGCUAUGCUGAUAAAGCGGGGGAGCAUGGGAAGGGGUUAGCUUUGGAUCUUAUGGUUGGGUCAUACAACCCCAAAGGUCAAGUCGUUGCCGAAUGGGUGAUGAAUAACCACAAGAGUCUGAACGUCAUGUAUGUCAUCUGGGGUCAGAAGAUCUGGAAUCCCAGCAACGGCGAGGCUCCUACGGCCUGGGAAAACUGGAGAGAUAUGGAAGACAGAGGCUCCGUUACAGCUAAUCACUGGGAUCACCCGCAUGUCAGUUUCAACGCGGCCUAGGUUGAAAGGAGGGGAGAUGGGGCGGUUGCGUUGCUAUUGGCGGUGGGAAUGUGGCGGGUCCCCUUUGUUUGCUCUUCGUUCGUUGUGAUGUAAUAAUGACGAAAAUGUGUAACUAACUAUUCUAUAUAUUUACGCGAUAGUCAGGGUCGAUUCCCCUCUUCUUGUGUCACUUAUCUAAGCAAAUGCCCUCGUGAUUCCUCGGCGCUUUUUGCCUUCUCACUUCCAAGGGCAACUUGUCACUUGUUCCGUCCUGCGUCUAUCCGCUGAUAUUACGCAACCAUACAUAUACCCGGCGAGGAACAACCCUCGAUAUCAAUUUUGGGAGAUGAAGUCGAGUUGGGGGGAGAGAGGGGG